AGACAGGAGGAUUAAAAAAAACUUUUAAGAAGUACAACUUUCUGGCAGCUCCCACAUGGAGCCAAAGUCUUCUGCUGAUUUCAGUGGAGUUCCUGCCUGGGGGUAUGGAGGAACGAUACCUGCACACGUCAGCACUCAACCGUGCCACACCAGCACUGUCAGAAAAAAAAGCAACGUUCGCCUCAAUGACCAACUCGUACCAAAACCAACUGAUGUAAAUUUAUUCGAGAGAAUGAUAAAGACUACUACGCUGAAAGAGCAUCCUUAUUCAUCGCACAUUUCUCGGUUUGCCAUGUUCCCCUCGUUCCUCUCCCCGGAUGACCCGGAGAGGGGAGUCAGAGCGGCUUCACAGAGUUUCAAAAACCCUCUUAUUCCAAACAAACCUCCUGACGUCACUUUGCUCAGCAAAACUAUAGGAGGUCCAUACCGACAUGAAAUCUUGGAAAACCCCAUUAAAUCUAGGAAAACUGACGUUUCAUGGAAAGGAGAAAAUGGAUUUUUGGAUCAUUCAAAACCGGCAAAAGGGAAGAAACAGAUUUUCUACCCAGCUCCUCCGAAAACAAUACUGCCCAACCCAAAACUCCGACACUGGGAUCUGUCAUUAUCAGAGCGCACAAGCAACAUUCUGAGAAACCUGGAGAGGAAACUCUGGAUCACGUCUUACCAGAUGGACUUUACUGGAUCAGGGCCUGCAAACCCUUUAAAUACAGAUGAUUUUAAGGAGAAAAUAAGUUCUCUUACUGGGAUUAAUUCACACUCCGCACCUCUGAGAGAAUCGUCCUGUCCUGUGUUUGUUCCAUCAAAACCCAAAGGAGGACGUAGACGAAGACUGCAGACAAAACAGAGUGACAGUCCCAAUUUUGCUGGUCUCCAAAUGUCAAAUGUAAAUCAAAGCACUGCUCCAUCUUACAUAUACCAAAACCAGCCCCAAGAGCUUAUGGCUAAUUAUAGCAAAGCGACAGAUAUGAGCCAAAUGGGUCACAGUCAAUCAGAGUCCAAAACUGGCUUAAUAGAUGUGCAGCAUACUGAUCCAUCUCUGGAGAUCUUACAGCAAAGGGCUGUUGAUCAUGGCAGAGAAAGGGAAAACCGCAAAAUUCGAUUCAACGAAAGUCUAAUGCAAGAAUCUGAAUCAAAAAGCAGCAAAGGUGCUACCGUUCACCUCUCAAAUACACAACAAUUUAACCUGAGCAGAGAGUCUUCUUUCCAACGAGAGGCAAAAGUGAAGACAGAGACAAACUCAAUGGAGGAGCUGCAAAAAGAAGAUCCACAAAUCAAAAAGCAGCCUCUCAGAGUUGGAAAUCCACUCAGGUCUGAAUUACACGAUGCAUUAUCAAAUAAAGAGGAUAAGAAGACAAAUGGCAGUGAGCUGCUAAGCUCUCUUCCUAAUGUCUCAAUCCUGCCGCGGCGUUCUGUCUUUUUGGGUAUUCCUACAAACAGCUUUGAGACUGCAGGUAGGACAGGCACAAACCUCACCCUUCUAGACCUCCAAAACUCAUUCAGUAAGUCAGAGGCACAUCAAAGAUUCAACAACUCCAUCACACAUGCUGCUGUGGACCUGAGGGACAAUGUAGUCACAGGGAAAAGACACAACUUUUAUGGGAUUAACUGCAACCAUAUCCAUGGGUGAAUAUGAACUUUGACUUUCCAGCUAAAUAAUGUUUUCAAAUGGACUUCAACUGCCAGCAACUCACUCAGUCACAAAAUUUUUUGUGAG